AUGGUUGUAACAAAGGGAAUUGAUGCAAAAGUUACAAGCAAUAAAAAUCUUAACAUUAGGAAGAUUGUUACACGAAAAAAUAGUGUCACAAAACUGUUAUCAUCCCCUGUUAGAGUUGUUGCCUUUCAUUCAGGUUAUAUUAAAGGAUCUGUCAAUGAUGCAGCAAUUUUACCAACAAAGAAUAAAGCAUCUGAAUCAUUUCACUGGAAUUUUGAAAGACUUUUAUCGAUAUCAUUAGUUCCAUUAACAAUCACUUCAGUUAUAAAUGGAGCACAUCCGAUUACAGAUCUUUGUCUAGGAAUAAUCUUACCAAUUCAUUGUCAUAUUGGAUUUGAUACAAUUAUUACAGAUUAUUUGCCAGCUCAUAGAUCACCAAAACUUAACAAAGUAUCUACGUGGGGAUUAAAAGGUGCUACAUUGUUGGUGCUUAGUGGUUGUUACAUGAUUAAUACAGUUGAUGUGGGAAUGACUGAAAUCGUAAAAAGAGUUUGGCAUGCUUAA